AUGGAACAAUUACUGGAAUGGGGAGUGACGCACUCCGACCCUUCUAACCCUGCGCAAAAUGAUGGACAGGAGCGAAACUUUGACAGUGGUAUUAUCGAUGCAAUUCUUGGUAGAAGCGACGCUGUCGAAAUUAGAAAUGCAGUUGAUUGCAUUUCGGACCCAAAUGAAUCAUUAGCUAAUAAAGAGAUUGCUUUUGAUAAUUUAGAGAUGUUAGUCGAACAAAUAGAUAAUGCAAUUGACAUUGACAACAUGAAUCUAUGGCCCAAAAUUUUGUCAUUCUUUGACUUUAAGGAGAAGUCCUUGCGAUUAUAUGCCGCCUGGGUGUGUGGCACAGCUGUGCAGAAUAACCCGCGAGCUCAGAAGGCUUUUGUGGACAAAGGUGGGCUCAAACGAUUACUUGACGUGCUGAAAAGUCCCGAAGAAGAUGCUGAGGUUAGAAGCAAAGCAUUAUAUGCUGUAUCAGGAACUAUAAAGCAUUAUCCACCAGGCCUAGCCCAAUUCGAGAAGGAAGGUGGAUACGAAAUAUUAUUAAACGUGCUGAAUACAUCUAAUGAUUUGUCUAUUCUCAGGAAGGCGGCUUUCCUCUUCAACACUUUACUUGUCCAAGAUCCCAAAAUGGUGGCUACUAGGAUUGAGGAGAAAGGGCUUGCAAGACAGCUGAUUCAUCUACUCAAAGUUUAUGGUCCUCAAGAUGAAGAUCUUGCUGAUAAAAUACUCCAAACAGUAAUUGCCAUAUUUAGACACUCCAGCAAGUCACUCAGUACGGAUGAAAUAAGCGAACUACGAGAUGUACUUCCGCAGAUGAGAAAUCGUUACGGAACGGUGACGUUGAACAAAGAUGAAUGGGAUGAGCUGGAAAAUAUGACUAUUACACCAGCACGGCUUGCAGCUGUAACAGCCACAUCUGGCUCGUAUCAGAAUGCUCGUCAGAAGGUGUUGACGCUCUACAGAGACUGGCAACGGGCGGCCCCAACGAUAGUAACAGAAUACCACCUCGACAUUCCAACAUCCGCAGUUAGAGCAAAGAUUCGGGAAGAGUUUGAAAAACAUAGAUAUGUAAAUGACCUACGGCUGAUUGACGUACUGCUGUUUAAAGGCUGA